UUUGGGUUUUAAAGUCCCCACUCACCUGCCAAGUUCCAGAAUCUCCACAGAGCUGCAGGAUGCGGGUGGUGGCACCCAGAACGCUGCUCCURCUGCUCUCAGGGGCCCUGGCCCUGCCGGAGACCUCAGAGGGCUCCCACUCCCUGAUGUAUUUCCGCACCGCCAUGUCCGCGCCCGGCCGCGGGGAGCCCCGCUUCAUCUCCGUGGGCUACGUGGACGACACGCAGUUCGUGCGCUUCGACAGCGACGCCGCCACACCGAGGAUGGAGCCGCAGGUGCGAUGGAUAGAGCAGGAGGGGCCGGAGUAUUGGGAACGGGAGACACGGAUUGCCAAGGGCAACGCACAGUAUUACCGAGUGGGCUUGAACAACCUGCGCGGCUACUACAACCAGAGCGCGGGCGGCUCUCACACCUACCAGAGCACCUAUGGCUGCGAGGUGGGGACAGACGGGCGCCUAGUCCAAGGGUUCACUGAGUACGCCUACGACGGCGCGGAUUACCUCACCCUGAACAAAGACCUGCGCUCCUGGACCGCGGCGGACCUGGCG